GUGGGGACCCGUGCUGCCUCCGCCGCUCCUCGGAUGGUGACGGGGCCCCGCCGCGGCCGCAGCCCCCCCGCGCCCCGGCUCCGAAGGCCCGCAGCGCCGGAGCCCCGCAGGAAUCAUGCCCAGAUCCUUCCUGGUCAAGAAGGUCAAACUUGACACGUUCUCCUCGGCGGACCUCGAGAGCUCCUACGGGCGCGCCCGCAGCGACCUCGGAGUGCGACUGCACGAGAAAGGAUACCUCAACGACUACGCGGGGCCCGCCUCCGUCUACGAUGGCGAUGCCGAGGCGGCCUUGCUCAAAGGGCCGUCCCCAGAGCCCAUGUACGCUGCGGCCGUGCGUGGAGAACUGGGCCCGGCGGCCGCGGGCUCGGCACCGCCUCCUACCCCGCGCCCAGAGCUGGCCACAGCCGCGGGCGGCUACAUCAACGGCGACGCGGCCGUCAGCGAGGGCUACGCGGCUGACGCCUUCUUCAUCACCGACGGGCGCUCGCGCCGUAAGGCCGCCAACGCCGCCGCUCCCUCCACGGCCUCUGCCGCAGCUCCCGACUGCGACGGCGGAGGCGGGGCCGGGGCGGGUGCGCGCGGCGCUGGGUCGGGGGCCGGGGGCCGGGGCGGCGCGCGCGGGGGGGUGAGCACGGAGGCGCGCGCGGGGCCCGGGGCUGGCGGCGCAGGGGGCCGGCACGCUUGCGGCGAGUGCGGGAAAACGUACGCCACGUCGUCGAACCUGAGCCGCCACAAGCAGACGCACCGCAGCCUGGACAGUCAGCUGGCGCGGCGCUGCCCGACGUGCGGCAAGGUGUACGUGUCCAUGCCGGCCAUGGCCAUGCACCUGCUCACGCACGACCUGCGCCACAAAUGCGGCGUGUGCGGCAAGGCCUUCUCGAGGCCCUGGCUGCUGCAAGGCCACAUGCGCUCCCAUACAGGCGAGAAGCCCUUCGGCUGCGCGCAUUGCGGCAAGGCCUUCGCCGACCGCUCCAACCUGCGCGCGCACAUGCAGACGCACUCGGCCUUCAAGCACUUCCAGUGCAAGCGCUGCAAGAAGAGCUUCGCGCUCAAGUCCUAUCUCAACAAGCACUACGAGUCUGCAUGCUUCAAGGGCGGCGCUGGCGGCGGGGGCCCCGCGGCCCAGGCGCCCGCCGCUUCGCCGCGGCUCAGUCCUGUGCAGGCCUAGGGCGGCGGUACGUCCGCCAGCCCAGCCGGGUCGGCUCUCAGCAAUACGGGCCCCCAGGGAAGUCUCCGCCAGCGCCCGGGCGGAGGGGCCGGAGGGCGGGCCCCACCUCACAGCAAUAGAGGGAGGGGGCCCGGCCCCGCCCCGCCCGCCAGGGGCCUUGCCGGCCCCUUCAAGCAAUAGGGUCCUGAGGGGAGACCCACCCCGAACCCCCUCCCUUCCCCUCCAGGGUGCCCCAGGCUUUUUCCCAGCAAUAGGGUCGAGGAGACCCAGAACCGAACCUCAUCUCCGAGUUAGGUCUCUGAAGACGGGGGUGGGGUGAGGUGGGGAGCACCCCCCUCCUCCCUCCUCUGCGCCCCUGGAUCGCGUCGCAGAGACUCAGGUCUUCCCCACCCCUUUCCCAAGCCUUCCAAGGGCCAGGCCUGCGGCCUAGACGUCCAGGGAGCAGACAGGGGGAGGAGCAGGAGGGAGGGGCCUGCAGAGGCGUCCCUACUCCUCAGUCUUCGCUGAACCCCAGGAGUGAUAGACGCGUUGGGGAUCGGGGAGAGAGGCGGACGGCGGCACCCCUCUCCCUAGGGUUCUUUCUGGGGCCUCAGUCCAAGCCGCUCUCCCACCCUCGCCUCGCAUCCUCUGCCAAAUCCGAAUUCUUCCAGCCCAGCUUCCCGGGCUUUGUCCUUCAUAACGAAUAAUAAUGACGCAUAUCGAA